AUGGCCUCAUCGAAUAUAGGUAUACAAACAGGCUCCGCUUGGUUCCAAAGAAAAAUAAAUCUUCGGCCUCAGCAUCGAGGUGUUCAUCUUGUAACAGAAGAAAUAUUAAGACAAAUUCCAGAACUUAGCCAAUUUUCAAUUGGUCUAUGUCAUAUUCAAAUUCUUCAUACUUCGGCAAGUCUUGCACUUAACGAAAGUUGGGAUCCUGAUGUGAGGGAUGACAUGGAAAUGAUGUUAAAUAAAAUCAUUCCUGAAGAAAUGCCAUACAGGCAUAGUUGUGAAGGUCCUGAUGAUAUGCCAGCACAUGUAAAAGCUUGCUUUCUGGGUUCUUCAUUAAGUAUUCCUAUCACUGAUGGAAAAUUGGCUUUGGGUACGUGGCAAGGCAUAUGGUUUUGUGAACAUAGAAAUAACGCUGGCAGUAGAAAAUUAAUAGUAACAUUGACUGGCUGCCUCAGAGAUUCAACACGAAGUCCUUUAAGUCCUGUUAGCCCAAUUGCCUCAACAAGCAGCUAG